CGAAGACAAUGGAGAUAAAAGCCGGGAGCACCUCACGACAUUUCUCCAGUAUUCAGACCUCAGUGCCAAUCGAUGAAGACGACUGCAAGCAUGAAGAGCUUAAUAACGAUUGGAAUGGCCUCGCUGGGCCUCGCCAGCAGUGUACCCCUCGCUGAGCUGCCCAUGCCCUUCCGGCGCGGGUGUCAGGUCUCCGACGACGGCCCCAUCUCUGAUACUGCAGUCCAAUCUACUGGUUUGACGGCCGAUCGCCAAGACUACCCCGGCAACAUCACAGUCGACGUGAACUUCCACAUCGCCAGCACCGAAGCCCAAGCGGAUCUCAUCACUGACGAGAUUGUCGACGCACAGUGGAAAGUCCUGCACGACUCCUUUGCGAAGCACAACAUCAACCUGCGGCUCAACUCAACCGAACGCGUCGUCAACAACCUCACCGGAUCGGGGUUCUUCGUCAACGAGGGGAACGGCUGGGAGAAUCACCAGGAUGAGUACAACGCUUACCUGAAGGCCACCCGCAAAGGCGGAUACGAUGUCAUGAAUCUCUAUUUCUACAGCAGCUACGCGCCCGGCGCGACGGGCCGUUGCCAGUUCCCCACGGUCAUCGCAGACCCUGGCAGCUUGGAGUUCUACACCGACUCCUGCCAGAUCAGCGCCAUGACCAUGCCAGGCCUCACCGUCGAGCAGGGCGGCUUCGAGAUAUGGAACCAGGGCCAUAUCGCUGUCCACGAGGCCGGUCACUGGUUCGGCCUCAACCAUACCUUCGCCGGUGGCUGCUCUGAUAAUCCAGGAGACUUUGUUGCGGAUACACCUGCCCAGGCGGCAGAAGCGUAUGACUGCCCUGAAGGCUUGGAUACCUGCCCGAACCUUCCUGGCUUGGAUCCCGUUCACAACUUCAUGGGUUACGCGGCGGACGAUUGCACAAAUGAGUUCACAGCUGGCCAGGCAGACCGUAUGUUCUCAACCUUUUUCGGAUGGAGAAGGAAAUAGAAUGCCGGGCAAGGGAUCGAGACAUGUCGAAUGUCUUAGCAGAUGUGGUAUAACGUAAUGAUAUAAUGAUCUUUUGAUCAAUCUCAAGUCGAUAUAAACCACAGUAAACCACAUGACCUCGUUUGAGCCUUCGUUCUACGCUAUUAAAACGAUGUAUCAGGAAAAGCCGCAGGUCGAACUUGACAUCAUGUCUAAAAGGUUUCAGCAAGUCAUGUUUCGAAGCUUCAGGCUGGCAAAAACAACGCCUUGUAAUUUGUCAAAAAUAUUACAGGGUAACUAAAAUCCGAACAUUCACCUUCACGAUUCAUUAUAACAUGUUUUGACAUAGCCUUCCUGCUAGCUGUUUGUAACAGGACGCUGACAGUGACGCUCCUGCCAAUAGACCUUCCAGCCUAAACCCACUAGGCCAAAAGAUCCGCCAAUGCU